AUGUUCAUCGUUUUUUGCGUAAUGACGACGGUUAGAUGGCUGAGCCCGAGCUGCGACAGAGUCUACGAGAUUGUUAGGCCAAAGGUUGAUACAAUCAACUCGCACCUUGGAGUGGGCUUCCUAACACCCAUCGUCAUGUUGAGCCAGCACGACAUGUUGAGCGGAGUCGAUACCGCUCGCGUCGUCGGCGCUUUUGUGACAACCUACUUGCGUCUGUUCAGGGACUCCUCACUAUUGUGCUCCAAGAUGCGAGCGAAAAACUCCAUAGCCGCCCUCCUCAACCCAAUCCUUUCGACGACGCUGCUCAUGAUAGCAUACAUGAGGUUGAAAGCGGCGGCGGAGAAGAAGAGCCUGGAUCACGUUCUGGCAACUUUCAGCAGCGGGACUCCUCUUUACGCCAUCUGGACUUCCAAAAUCACGGGAAUCGCGCUUUCCGACAACCCCAGCGCCUGGUUUGGAGCCGGUGAUGCCGCGCUCUGCAUUCUGGAGGUUGGCAUGGUGACGUGGGGCUUCAAGCUGUACGAGUGCCGCCUCCUGGCGGCCCGUGGCCUAGGACUGCGUGGACCCGAAACCCUGGCCUUUGCCGCUCGGAGUACCACCUUGGCGUUGGCCAAGCCGGCGGUGGAAGCAGUGGGCGGCAACCUGGUUGUGAAUGCGAGUUUGAUUGUCAGCAACGGGAUAGUAGGACAACUGCUAUAUCCCUUUGCCCUCGAUUGGCUUGGGUGGCCCCGAAAUAAGACAGGGAGGUCACUGAGGACAGCCAGCCGCCGACAAGCCGAUGGCAUCGUGACGGUGGCUGCAGGAGUGGCCGUCGGGACCAACGGGGCGGCCAUGGGCGUAUCCUAUCUCUACGAGACGGGGAGCCACGCCGCCCCGUACGCGGCGCUGUCGAUGACUGUUUUCGGAGUCAUGACGGUUGUCUUUAUUACCGUUGAUCCGUUCAAGAGCUAUGUCGAGUGGCUGGCGCGGAGCGAUCUGAUGGGAAGAUGA